GGAGGAGAACUGUUUGUAAACAACAGUUCUCCUGCCUGUUAGCUCGUUCACGCUACUUUGGAUGGCUGUGCACAGCACAGCCAUGCAAAGCAGUGUGCUUACAGUGAAGCACAUGGACACAGCUUAUAGUAAAACAGCACAGAGUUUACCGUUUGAUCGCCCCUCCUUGCCAUUAGUCCAGUGUCAGUGUUUUUUUUUCUUCUUUUUUAUAGAACUAAUCACUGUAUUGGUGUCGCUGGGGAUGUCAUUGACACCAAGUCAGUUCCCUCCAGUGUCAGAAUGCCCGCCGCAGUCCCCCUAUAAGUCUCUGAUCUCUACCAUUACUAGUAAAAAUUAAAA